AUGUGCAAUACUAUAUAUCUCAUCAAAAGGCAUUAAAAGUACAUGAAUAGUUGUAGUAAUUAAAAGAACAGAUGUUGAUACCAUCAUAUCAGUACCUUAUAAAUAUAAACAAAAGUGCAUAAAACAAGUUUAAUACCCAUAACUCCAAUUAAAUAAGUCAUUGGUUUUGUUUGAGCUAUCCAUAAUUUUAUUAAUUUCAACUAUGAAUAAUACAUAAAACUAAUAGAAUGAUAUCACAUAAUUUAUUAGAUAUGGCUUAUGUGUUAUCAAUUUUUAUAAUCCAACUAUUAAGAAACAACUAAAUCCAGCUAAUAUGGAAUAGUAAAUACUCUAAGCCAAUAUAAAUUAAACCAUAUUUAAUAUUGCAAAUGUCUACAAUUUUAUUAUACAUUUAUACCAAUGCAUAUAUUGUGAAGUUAAGAUGCUCUUUUAUGAUUUUAGGUGAGUUUUGCUAAAGGUAUUUAUCUGAUUGAUCUUUAUAUAAGAAAUUUAAAGUGUAUUUAUUCAACAUAUUUUAAGAAAUUAAAAUAAGGAUUUAAAACAAUGUUGCUAAAACAACUUUAAUACUUAAGAGUACUAUUAAUAACUUAUUUUCUUUCAAUAUGUUUUAGUAUAUUUUGUUAUAAAUAAAAAAAAAAUUAAUGAUCAUUAAUAAUAACAGAAACCAAAUUUAAUGAUUAUGUAAAGACCAAUGAGUUUACUUGAGUAUGCUUUAUCUGAAUCGAAUUUGAGUAUGAAUAUUAAAAAAAGGAAUUUAACAAUUGAAACUUAAUCUAUAUAGACAAGUCCCAAUUUAUUUUAAAAUAAUCAAGCAGAUUUAGAAUUAUUAGUGGAUAUGCAUUCUUAAAAUAAAUAAUGGGUAACAAUGGAAUUGUUUAGAUUAAUAAUUUAAAAAAUUGAGGAAAAAUUUAAUGAAAUUGAAUAAAGAUUAGAUAAUAGAGAAGGAUUUCAAAAUUUAACCUAAAAAUACAUUUAGUAAAAGAAAAUGUCUAAGAGUUAUUAAUAAGGUGAUUUUAGUUAAAUGGAUUAAAGUUAAGAUGAAGUAGAAUCAAAAUUAUAAAUAAGUUAAACAAAAAGACUUAAUAUUUCAUAACUUAAGAAAUCAGAAAUUAAAGAAAUAAGAAAUGAUGAACCAUUAAUAGGAAGAUAAAAUUUAUUAGAAAAGAAAUUAGUAUAAUUAGAGGAGAAAUAAAUAAAAAUAUAGAAGGAAAUAAAUAAUUUUACUUUAGAAAUAGAAUCAAAAAUAUAAGUAAUGAUUAAAAUAUUCUACAUUAAUAGUAAUGUAUAAAAUAGAUUGAUUGGAGUUUGGAAAAAUUUAAUAAAUUUUCUUAAGAAUUAUUGGAUAAAGUUAAAAAUGUUACUGAUAAUCAUACAGAGAUAUUUUAACAUAUACAAAAAAAUAAAGAAGAUAUUAAGUAAUAUUAUUAUAAUUAUUAUAUUUAGUUAUGUUAGAAUAAGUGUUGAACAUUUUAAUUAAAAUACAUUAACAUAACUUGAAUAAAUUUCAGCUUCUAUUAUAAAUCUAAAUAAUUUUGUAGAAAAACAUGAUAUGGAAUUGAAAUUCUAUAAAGAAAUAAUUUAAAUAACUGAAAGUGAUAUUUUAAAAUUAAUUUAAUUUGAAAAGGAUAUAUUAAAGAUUGUAUAUACACGUUAAGAAUAAAAUGAGAAAUAAGGAAAAUGA